GGUGGUACCAAGUCAAAUGCCUUACAGAAAUCUAAGUCUAUCACAUCACCACUAUUACCUUUAUCAGCCAAACUUGUAACCUCAUCACAAAAAGAGAGAUCCUAUCAAACUAUUUCCAUAACUCCACGUUGAUUGAAAAAGAGAGUAAUAUAAUUAAUGCCAUUCUUUAUUAAGUGAUUCCCAUAUCAGUUCUUCCCUUAUUUUCCCUGGAGGGGAGGUGAUGGCUAGGUCCCCUCUAUACCCUGGGACCCCCACAUGGGAGAGGUGACAGGCUCCUGGUGCUGGGGGUGCAUGGAUCUCACUCUGGCAAGUGCCGAGAUAUUUUCCCCAAUAUGCCUACUCUGCCCCCAUCCACUCCCCUGCGCUGCAUUCUCCUGCCCGUGGGAUGGGGCUGGAAUUGGGGUGCCAUUGGGGUGGGGGGGACGCAGGGGCCCCAGGGCCUGGAGUCUGCUCUCACCUCUGUGUCACUGGUCCCACAGGAACAAGGACACAACCAGAGACGAAUUCAUCUUCUAUUCCAAGCGCCUGAUGAGGCUGCUGAUUGAACAUGCCCUCUCCUUCCUGCCACUCAACCCAGUGACAGUGGAGACGCCUCAGGGGACUGUGUAUGAAGGGAAGCGGUUCCACAGGCAGCGGAUCACAGGUGUGUCCAUCCUGCGGGCGGGGGAGACCAUGGAGCAGGCGCUCACUGCUGUCUGCAAAGACAUUCGAUUGGGCAAGAUUCUGAUCCAGACCAACCACGACACAGGGGAGCCUGAGCUUCACUAUCUGCGGCUCCCCAAGGAGAUCAGCGAAGAUUAUGUCAUUCUCAUGGACAGCACCGUGUCCACGGGGGCUGCAGCCAUGAUGGCCGUGCGCGUCCUGCUGGAUCACGAUGUCCACGAAGAGAAGAUCUUCCUGCUGUCCCUGCUGAUGGCGGAGAUGGGGGUUCACUCCGUGGCCUACGCCUUCCCCCGUGUCCGCAUCAUCACCACAGCCGUGGACAAGAGGGUUAACGAGGAAUUCCACAUCAUCCCUGGCAUCGGUAACUUUGGAGACAGGUACUUUGGUACUGAUGCCCCCUCCGCCUGGUGUGAGAGUGAGAGCACGGACUACUGAGCUGGCCUCCCUGCCUGCCAGCCUUGCCCCCGCUGCCUCCUCCCUCCCUCCAGCCUCGCCCUUCUGCUCCCCCCCAGGAUGGCCCCUCCCUGCUGGCCUCACAGGGCCCUGAUGCUACUUCCCUCUGGACCACACGCUGUUGGGCGGGCAGCUAUUUGGAAACUGCCCACCAGCGCCUCCAGUGUACAUGCAGGGAAGAGACUGCCUGUGGCCUGCAGUGUCCGCACGCUGGGUACACACUCCUCGUGCCCCCCUCUGGUUGGUGGACGGAGGGGGGGUCAGAUUCUCCCUGUGGCCCCACAUGGAUGUGGGUGUGUGUGGAGUGGUGGAGGUGGUAAAAAACUCUCCCUAUGGCCUGGAAGGGGCGAGGUGAGGCCCAUGCACUGGCUGGGGCAGGCGCUCUAUGUUUAUUUGCUCGGAGCAGUUACUCCCCCCAUGUUCCGGCUCAUGGGCCAGCUACUUGAAAAAUUGUCAGGGACCAAGGAUCAAAUGGAAGGGAACAGCCCCGUCUCCGUCAACCCGCAGCUCUACUCUUUUCCCCCCUCCCACCCCAGUGCCCAGAUAGUCCUGAACGUGGGGCAGGGCCCCGGGGCUGUUUAGCCUGGAGCAGUCUGGUGCUGGCAGGGAACUAGGGCUGGUGCAGAAUAGGAGGUGCCCUCACCUUCCACAGCAGGCAUUCCAGCCCACGGGCCAGGUUCAUGAGUCUGGCAGCUCCCUCUUCUCUGGGGCGCUGGCCUUGGGUGGGUGGUCAGGGCCAGCUCUGCUGGAGAUGCUCAGCCUGUCCGGGAGGCAGGUGGGGGAGUUCAUCCCUCCACGGGUGUGGGCUUGGGAGGAGACCCUGAGCUCCUUCCUUGACUCCUGUCUCUUGCUCAGGGCAGGACAGCUACGUGCCGCAGAAGCUGCUCCAAGGGGGAGCACGGCACGGCGGUCUCAACGUGUUUCAGCAGCCCCCCGUCCGAGCCCCUCCCCGCAAUGCUGCCUCCUUGCCCGGGGCAUGGGGAGACGGCUGCCGCCCCAGCGCUGGCUCAUCCAUUACUUCAAUGCACAGGAAAUCAGGACCACAGAGUGGGACAAGACGAUUUCCGUCUCCUUGGAGAGCUGGUUUCAGUGGGGUCUCCCAUUGCCACGCACAGUGCUAGAAGCCAGGGGCUGCCUCAUGUCUUGCUGGGGCUCUGGGCCCGGGCCCCAGGAAUGGCAGCAGCAGCACGCCGGUGGGGCAUGCGUUUCUUGGCCCUUUACUGAGACUGGCAAGGGCAUGCGAGGCUUCUGCAGGACAGGCCUGGGAAGUGGCAGAUGCCCCUAGCGCUUGGUUCCUGCAAGCGGCUCUUCGCCAGCCCUGGGACCGGGCGCCCUCCCGCUCUGCCCUUGCAGUACUGUACAUGGCGGCCUUCGUUUUGUACGCGCUAAUAAAGGGUCUGCCAGGA